AUGGCCCAUGGGCUUCUGGAGGACAUCUACGAGGAACUAAACUUUGAUGCAAACCAAAUCAAGAUGAUAAAAGUUGAUCAAUCACUACCCGUAACCAUUGACAGUAAAGCAUAUGAGGAAUCUGGACUGGAAUAUAAGAGUCUGUUCAAUGCAGAUGCCGGACUGGUUGUGGUGGACAAUGCUAUCAGCCAGGAGCAUGCGAAGAGAAAAGGAACACCCAUGGAAGAUGUUGUGCCCCUAAGGCAGUGGUCCGAUGUGACAUUUCUCCUCCGGGAGAGAUUUACCAAGGGUGCUCCCGGGGGAUUGCGGCAUAUGUUUCAAAGUAUAGUCAUCAACGAACAGUCGUUGAGUACUAUGCGGCAAGCCGUUGGUGAGGCAGAUAACUUCGACGACUGGGAGAAGUAUUCGCCAAUGCAGAAGAACGGGAGAACCUUCCGGCCAGGCUCUGAUGAGUACUAUGCGCUGCUCUACUGUCCGAAUGGUCGUGGUAUUGGCUGGCUGUUGACUCAACAUAAGGCCCAACUAGGUCUUCUGACAGUUUCCUCAAUUACGGUAUUUGGAGCGGAUGGCGAAGCGAUGCUGUACUUUAAGAUUGACCCCGCUGAACAAAACGAUUAA